AACGAUAUCCUGAGGUGUGUCAGAAUAGAGUCAUCCAUAAAUGCAUCAACAGUUGCUUCAUAACUGUUUAAACGUUCAAAAAUUAAACACAUAUUAUUAUUAAAAUGCCUACAAUCCGAAAUAACGUUGAAAAUUAUUUCUUAAUAUUUUCAUUCAUUAUCAUAUUUCAAAGAGGUGAAUCAAUUAAAUGUUACGAUUGUGAUUCUUCGACUGAUCAAAGAUGUCUAUCAGAUGAGGAACAAAUUAAAUUAACAGACUGUUCAUCGUUAGAAAGUAGUCUAUCAAUAAAAGGAAUUUCAGAUGAAUUGGAUAUUUUUCAUAAAAUUUUAGACUCAUCAUUUACAAAAAAUUCAACGAAAAUUGAUAAUAUUAAAGAGGGAAUUCCGCAAAUUCAUCCAGCGUGUUAUAAACUCAUUGCAGAAAUAAACGGAAUAACUAUUGCCAAGAGAGGAUGUACUUUUAAAGAAGGCUUCGGUUUAAUUUGCGAUAUGAUUACAUCAGCAAAUGGAAUAAUUCGUUUUUGCGCACCUUGUGAUAGUCAUGAUGGCUGUAAUUCAUCAACAACCAACAGUUUUACAUCGGUAUUAUUAAUUUUAUCGAUUUUAUCAUCUUUUUAUUUUUUUGCAAGUCCAAUUAGUCUAAUGAGACCUCAAUAUAUAUAAAAAUUUAAUGAUACCUGUAUUUAGUGUGAUAAAAAAAUGCACAAAAUUUGAAUAAUUAUAUGUUUUAAUAUAAAAAUACAUAAAUUUAUAUACUCAAUGUAUUUGCAACUUGUUUACACAACUUAACAAAUUAAAAAUAAAAAAACAAUUUAAGUGGAGUAAUGAUGACUUUAAAAAUUACU